CCGCCUGUGAGAUCAAAGAAGAAGACGAAGAAGAAGGAAAAGAGAGCGAAAAGUUAGGUCGUAAUUAUCCCUCCACUUUGGCAGAAGCUGUUGUUGAGCCAUGGCUGAAGAAGCUACAAAUGUAGUUCAUCUGCUUAAAGGCCAGAAGGCAGCGCUGAUAGAGAUUCUCAGAGCGGACGCAGAUUUUGUUGUGCAGUCUGCACAUUCCCUUUAUCUGGUGUCAGAUCAGGGCUACGAGAAGAUUAAAUCGUGUCGAGUUCCUAGUGAAAAGGUGCAAGAGCUUUUGGAUCAUGUUAUCAUGAGCGGCCCCAAAGCAGCACAAGGAAUGUUGGACCUGCUGAAGGAAAAAAAGAUGCAGGAGACAUUUCCCAUGCUUGAUUUUGUUAAAGAUCUGCGUGUGAAAACACCGUUAUCAGUUGAAGAAUCACAAGAUCCCGUGCCAGCUAAAAAUGCCCUCCGCAAAGGCUGUGUCAUGGUGACAGAGAAGCAGCUGAUGAUUGUGGCUAAGGGCCUUGGCAGCUCUUGGAGGGAGAUUGGCAGACUGGCUCUGGGCAUCACAAAUGUGACAUUGGAGCAGAUCGAAGAGGAGAAAAGAACUUAUACGGAGCGAGUCUUCGCCAUGCUCUACUAUUGGCGCAAUCAGAAGAGGGAAGAAGCCACAGCCGCUUACCUGCACUCCCUCCUCAGUCAGAAAGUCUUAGCAGUGCCUCCUGAGAGCAUCGAAUGUCUGCUGGAGACUGACUGAGGUCUUCCCUCAGAGAGCAUGAGCACUUUUAAAGAAAAUGUUUUUUCCGAGGUUAGGUGGGUUUCUUACCACAAAAAAACAAAAGAACAGACCUUUAUGUAAAGAUUUGACUAUACUUUUUAAUACUUUUGUAUUACUUUUGUUUCUGUUUUUUGUUUUUUUUUACCAAAUCAUGACUUAAUAAAUCUAUAGUCUCUCUGUAAUUCACUUAUGCUCAGAAAAUUACUGAUCAUCCUUCACAAGUUCUUUUAAAUUUAUCUAGCAAAGAAAACAUGUUAAAAGAUUCUUUUGAAAUACAUUUAGUCAGUGAGGGGAAAAAAAAUCUCCAAAAAUAAUGGUCUAACACAAUUAUUGGUUAUAGAGUUGUUGGAACCCCAUACUUAAGCGUACUUUGACUUAUUCUUAUUAAGUUGAUUAAAAUGGUGAGGAACUUCUGAAUCUCUAACUUUGUGCUACUGGGGAAUAAAUAAGAUAUGACAUUUCUUUUAGUCACUUGGCUGGGCAAAUUAUCUUGCCACUGGGCACAGCGGGCAGACAACUGUUUCAAAGAACAGCAUUAUGGUUUCAACCGUCUACGUACCUACUGGCUGUUUAUGAGUGAUGACUGUAAGAAAGCCUGUUUUAUCAGAAGUUAAAUGUAACAGAUUUUAAUUGGAACGCUGAUUUGGUAGGAUGAGGCAAACAUUGAGCUUUUCUGCCAAAUACAGUUUAGCUGAAUAAGUAAAGAAAUUCACCAGAUCCUCCACUGUGGCAGGAUCACAGGAGGAUCCGUGAUGUUAUGGGCCGACAUCUUUCCCUCCAAACUUUACUGGCUCAUCAAAAUGUCAGGAAAAAUAAAUACACAUUGAUGUGGACUCUGAAAAUGGAUCACGAUUGGUCUUUCCACAUUAUAAAAAUUUGGCCAAAUCAACAUAGAAAUGCUUGGAAGAGACUCAAAACCAGCCUUAGUUUUUUGGCUUCCACCACAGAAAAGCUGUGGUGGAAACUCAAAAUAAGAUCUCAAAUCGCUUUGUAAAGAGAAAUAAGAAAAGAUGCUUCAAUUGUGUGAUAAGUAAAAGAAGACUGUGCAUAGGGUACUAGUGAUUUACAAAAAAAAAAAAACUAAUAUGAUUUCUAACUAACUGAAUAAUUGUUCUCACAAUAAAUAAUGAUUUUCUUUGAAGACAUUUUACAAAUCUUUCCCAGGACUGCCAAUAAGCAGCUACAGCAUUGCACAAUCUUUAAAUUUCAUUCAUUCCAGAUGCAUAAGUGGAAUUCAAUUGUCUUUCUUUUCAAUCAGAACAUUAACAGAGUUUGUUUUGGGGUUUUUAUAAAAACAACAUAAUUUUUAAUCUGAAAUGUUAUCUGAAACUUAAAUCAUAUUUUGUUGCAAACUGAAAAGAGUCAAUUAAAACUGAUCUUUUUUAAUGAAAAAUUCAAAUCAUAUAUACUUAUUUUUGUGACAUACAUGUAAUAAGUCACUACACUCUGCUGCCCCCCCCUCUCUCCGGACUAUACUCAAACAUCAUUAAUUAACUUUCACUAUGGGACAAAGGUUGAGUCCCUCCUACAUUGUUCUCACCUUUGGCUUGUUGAAUGUUUCUUCUCUCUUCCUGUUAGUGCUAUCUAUAAAAGUUGCAGAGGUUUGGCAGCUCUUUCAAAAAGUCUUCCUUUGUAAACUCUUCUAACAGCAGCAGACCGAUAGAUAAUGGAAGCAACCACCGGCGACCUGACUGAUCCUCUGAUCAACCACGCAGACGGACAACUCUUCCUUCAUGAAGCCUUCAAAAUUAUUGUGGAGGAAGUGCUCUGCAAAGGCACGGAUGUCAAGGAGAAGGUGUGUGAAUGGAGGGAGCCAGAGGAGCUGGCCCGGCUGCUGGAUCUGGAGCUGAGAGAGAAGGGAGAGCCACAGGAAAACCUCCUGCAGAGAGUACGAGAUGUCGCCAAGUACAGCAUUAAGACAAGUCACCCACGUUUCUUCAAUCAGCAGUUUGCUGGCGUUGACUAUCACUCUUUGGCUGGACGUUUCCUCUCUGAGGCUCUCAACACUAAUCUCUUCACUUAUGAAGUGGCACCAGUCUUUGUGCUGAUGGAGGCUGAGGUGCUCAGAGGGCUUCGUGAGCUGGUGGGCUGGACAGAAGGUGACGGCCUUUUCUGCCCUGGAGGCUCCACCUCCAACAUGUACGCCAUGAACCUUGCACGCUACAGACUCUACCCAGAGGUCAAAAGCCGGGGCCUGUGGAGUCUCCCGCAACUCACCAUCUUUACAUCCCCUGAGAGCCAUUACUCUGUGAAAAAGGGGGCUGCAUUUAUGGGUUUUGGGAUGGACAAUGUCAUCUUGGUAAAAGUGGAUGAUGGAGGUCGCAUGAUCCCAGAAGACCUGGAUGAAAAAAUAGAGCUUUCAAAAUCUCAGGGCGCAGCUCCAUUCCUUGUGAGCUGCACAUCGGGCACUACGGUACAGGGGGCCUUUGAUCCACUGCAUCGCAUAGCCGAUAUUUGUGACAAACACAAGCUGUGGCUGCAUGUUGACGCUGCCUGGGGAGGAAGCGUGCUGUUUUCCAAGAAACACAGCCAUCUGAUGAAAGGAGUUCACAGGGCAAACUCAGUAGCCUGGAAUCCACACAAGAUGCUGGUCGCUGGCCUGCAAUGUUCUGUUCUGCUGCUUAAGGAUACAACGGACUUACUGAAGAAGUGCCACUGUGCAAAUGCAACAUAUCUGUUCCAGCAAGACAAAUUUUAUGAUGUGAAUCUGGAUGUUGGGGAUAAAUCUGUGCAGUGCAGCCGCAAGGUGGACUGUCUGAAGCUGUGGCUGAUGUGGAAAGCAGUCGGCUCAGCUGGGCUGGAACAGCGUGUAGACAAAGCUUUUCUCCAUGCAAGGUAUGUGGUGGAUCAAAUGAAGAAAAGAGAGGGGUUCCAACUUUUGAGGGAACCGGAGUUUGUGAAUGUGUGCUUUUGGUUCAUCCCGCCAAGUCUGAGAGGGAAGGAAAAAAAUGCAGACUACCAGAACAGGCUGGCAAAGGUUGCUCCAGUAAUCAAGGAACGUAUGAUGAAACAAGGCACCAUGAUGGUCGGCUACCAACCUCUUGGAGACAGGGUCAACUUUUUCCGCAUAACCAUAUUGUCACCACUGGUUUCCCAAAAAGACAUGGACUUCUUCCUUGAUGAAAUUGAAAGACUGGGAAAUGAUUUAUGACAAAAAUAAUUGUUAUCACAAAUUGUGGAAAAACAUUAAACAUCACUUACUAAGUGAUGAUUAAGUGUACUGUACGAGUAUAGCGGUAUAACACAACACUGGUACAUAACAUACGUGGAUAAAUAAAUAAAUACACCGUUACCCACAA